CUUUGACGGGUUUCUGGGAGAUAAACAUGGCGGCCCCUGGCGUGAGGCUUGCUGUGGGAAGGCUCUUGGAGAUAUCGGUGGCGCCGGGGCGCCUGAGCCGAGUUUACAGCACCUCCCAGGGCUUUGCUAAGGUGCUAGGGCUGCCGAAGAGACAGAUGACGAAGCUAGUGUACCCACUGCAGGAACUUGAGCUGUAUCUCGACCCGGACUCGAGGCCUGAUCUCCACGUUAGGCUCUUCGACCCCAGCCUAGACGACAUCGCGAGCGCGGAGAACUUCUUCGCUGCCACCAGCAAAAACCGCAUCGAGUACCUCAGCUCUGCAGUCCGUCUCGGCCACGCCCCGGACUCCUCCCGGCCUGAAGUGUGUUUCAUAGGCAGAAGCAAUGUUGGAAAAUCCUCGCUAAUAAAGGCUUUAUUUUCACUAGCCCCAGAGGUUGAAGUCAGAGUCUCCAAAACACCGGGGCACACAAAGAAAAUGAAUUUUUUCAAAGUUGGAAAAUAUUUUGUAUUGGUGGACAUGCCAGGUUAUGGCUAUAGAGCACCUGAAGAUUUUGUUGACAUGGUAGAGACCUAUCUAAAAGAACGAAGAAAUUUAAAGAGAACAUUUUUACUAGUAGAUAGUGUUGCUGGAAUUACAGAAAAAGACAAAAUUGCCAUAGAAAUGUGUGAAGAAUUUGCAUUACCAUAUGUGAUGGUAUUAACAAAAAUUGAUAAAACUUCCAAAGGACAUCUUUUAAAACAAAUACUUCAGAUACAAAAAUUUGUUAACACAAAAACACAAGGAUGUUUUCCUCAGUUGUUUCCUGUAAGUGCUCUCACCUAUUCUGGAAUCCAUCUGUUGAAAUGUUUUAUAGUAAAUAUAACAACAAAUCUUAACAGCUCCAACUUCAGAUGACAUUUCAAAAUUCUUUUCCGAUUGGAGUUAAACACCUGGAAGGAUUUCAGCAUUAUUUUAAAUGCUGUGUUUCUAAUGUUUGCACAGGGAUCACUUGAGUUUUAAGACCUGCAUCUUCCCAAAGCAAGAUGAAUUUGUGCCUGGGUGUAACUGAAUUAUGCUGCUCAUUGUAACACAUACUCAUCGGUUUUUCUGUUUUAAUAAACUUACAAGAGCACAUAGAAAAAGAAAACAAAACCUAUUACUACUGUGUAGAGAAAGGUUUGUCAUUUUAUUGGACUUUUAUCUUGAUGUCUACCAUGUAUUUUUCUAAUGUUAAAAUAGACAAGUAAAAAGCUGUUUCUCUGUUAAACAGGUUAGAAGAAUAAAAGCUUAUAUAUAUAUACCUAUAAUUAAUCUUGAGUCCUUAUUUGAAUAUUAAAAAUUAUUCUUGAUAAAAUUUGGUUUGUGAAUCAACAAAGUGAUCAUUUGUUGGAGAUGCACCAUUCAUUUCACACUGGAAUCACCCACCUUCAGGUAAACACAGGAUUUAAGUUAGGAAGAUAAGAAAUAGGAAGACCAAGGUUUUUUUUUCUUUUUUUUUAAGCAGAUCAUAUAUACUAAAAUUUGAAACAACUUGAGCACCUAAUACUAUGUUUAUUUUUUAUCCAAGAUUCUUGAGACCAGAAGUGUUUCAAAUUUUGGAAUAUCAACAUAGGCUUCACUGAUUGACCAUCCCAAAUUUAAAAU